CAGUAAACCAUCAGCAAGCAAACCGUUCAGUUCCGUUUCAUUUGUCAAACAGCUAAGGUAUUCUACCUUCCAUUUACCGUUCCAGUGCAAAAUUCAGGCGACACGCUUAGCGUUACCAAGGGGAAUCGCUAAAAAGAGACACUUUUCAAAAACUUAGAUUCGAGUGAAAUACAAAAAAAAAAAAUCAGCCAAAAUGUCUGAUCGCAAGGCCGUGAUUAAGAAUGCCGACAUGAGCGAGGAGAUGCAGCAGGAUGCCGUCGAUUGUGCGACACAGGCCCUCGAGAAGUACAACAUUGAAAAGGACAUUGCGGCCUACAUCAAGAAGGAGUUCGACAAAAAAUACAAUCCCACAUGGCAUUGCAUUGUCGGUCGCAACUUUGGAUCGUAUGUCACCCACGAGACGCGCCAUUUUAUUUACUUCUAUUUGGGCCAGGUGGCCAUUCUACUGUUUAAGAGCGGUUAAAGUAUUGUCGAGUCGGAUGAAGUG